AUGCCGGCCGGGAGAUCAGGCGGGGCCGCACACCAGCCUGGCCCCUCGGCGCCUUCCCCGACGCGCGGGGCAGUGGCCACCGAGGCAGCCUCAGGCGUGACGUCACGCCGCGCCCCACCCCACCCCCAGCCAGCCCGAGGUGUUACCUUGAAAGUGGUGGCGGCUGCAGGCCAGCCCCCCCAAACUCCCCUCACCAUACAUCCGUUCCUCUGCUCGCCUGGGGCAGGAGCAGAGCCAGGCCCUGGUCGAGACCUGGGGGCUGCCCAGUUCCUGGAGAUGAGCCCCUCCACCUGCCCGGACCUAAGCCCCUAUGUCAGUUUUGUCAGCCUGGAGGAAGGGGGAGGAAGCAGGGAGGAGGAAGGAAGGAAGGAAAGAAGAAUGGAAGGAGGAGGGUGCAGGCUUGGAAAGGUGAAUCCAGACAAAAGUAAUGGGGAGACCCCUCUUGCCUACCAGCAAGGGAGAACUCCCACAGGAAACAAACCCUCAAGGAGAGGCCAGGAGAGGAGCCGGAGCAAGGCAGGAGGUGGAGGUGCCCAGGAUUGCUGCCGAGAAGAUAAGGCAGAGGGCAAGCAGUCCCUGAAGGAGAAGGGGGCAGGAAGUAGUGCUGCCCCCCUGCACCUUUCCUGCCUCUUGCUGUGUGGACCCGAACAUGGCACCAUCUUGGGCAUUGACCUACCUACAAUGGAUGGAGCCCAGGGCAGUGCAGGCAGGCAAGGGCUCAGACCCAAGAACCUAUUUUCGGGCCUAUGCUCUCUCUGCCACAGCAUGGCCACCCCCAUGGGCUCAGGAGACCCUCGAAAGCCUGACAGCCUGUGGGGAGAUGCCCAGCUGCAUGGGAAGCCAGUGGGAAACCUUCAACAGGAGGCCUUCCCCUGGCUCCGCGGGGCCUCACUGCGUGGCUACUGGACCCAGCUCAGCAUGCUGAUUCCAGGCCCUGGCAGCCCAGGCACCCCCGGGCAGCCGCGCCAUCCUCAGUGUCUUCUUCUCAGUGAUCACCAGCUUCUCCAGAGGAUGGGCCUCAGCCUGAUGCCUCCUGUGCUAGGUGCACCCAGGAGCCUCUUUGGCUCAUCAGAUUACUACACGUGGAGGGGCCUCGGCCCAGAUCCCAUGGCUGUGCUUCUCACCUACCUGACUGUGUACUAUGUCAUCACCCACCUGGUGCCCCAGUCCUUCCCUGAGCUCAACAUCCAGAACAAGCAGUCACUGAAAAUCCGCGUGGUGGAGGCGGGAAGGGAGGUUGACCUGGUCAUGGUGUUUCAGGAGCUCUUGGUCCUGCUCCCCCAAGUGGCCCUAAGGAGGCUGCAGUUUGUGGGGCUGAAACUGCCUGCCCCUGAGAGUGACCAGCGGCAUUUUGCCUGCAGGGCUCCUGGCUCCCAGGAUGGCCCAGAAAUGUCUGUCCGUCCUGGUUCGGGUAUGAGGCAGCUCAGGGACAAGGAGAGAGAGAAGGGGAGGCGCGCACUUGGGAACCUGCAGAAGGUGUCUACCCGCGGCCAGCCCUACCACCUGCUCCAGGAGCCCAAACCUGACCUGGUUAUGCUCAGUAGAGCACCUGGGGGAGAGGGAGUUGAGUGCGGCGCCCGCUGGGAGAUCUGGGGCCCGCGCCCCGCCCCACUAGUCCCUCCGGGUGCCGGCCGCUAUUUCACCGAGGCAGCGAGGUGCGGCUGUGUGGUGGACGACCAGACCAUGGCCCGGUGGCCACGGGAGGGCGCAACCCCCCCAGACCCCAAUCCCUUCCGCUCCCCUUUUCGCCUGCAGUGA